AUGCCACCCAAACGAGACGAGUGGGAUAGCAGAUACGGAGAAGAUGACGAGUGGUACACGACCAGAGACCGUGUGACUGCUAGCACUCGUCAUGUUCAUUCUUCUGCGCCCAAGCUCCCACCGCGAACAGUACGAGACGACGAGAACCUUCGUCCCGACUAUGGCCGCCGCACGAGUGAGUUUCUCGCUCCUCAAGUCCACUACACGACUGGACUUCACCGUACGCGUUCGCAGGGUCAUGCGCCAGCUCCUCACGUAACCAUCUACAACACGACCCGUAUGGACAACGAAAGUAGUCCGCAAGUGCGCGCCGAAACAAAGGCCCCGGAGGCUAGUCCCCGCGGUAGAUAUGAGGGAAAGCGCACCAUUCCCGGUGCUUUUGAACUCGAAGAUGAUAUUGCCGAGUUGAGAGCAGAUUUGAAAAGGGAGCAUCGUUCGCGCUCUAGGCACGAGUAUGAACGUCAUCACCACUCGCCCGAGUCCAACUACGAAGACAAAAUCCAGUUGACUCUCGCUCAACAGCGUGUGAAGGAUCUUGAGAAAGAGCAAGAGCGGCGGCACUAUUCACCCGACCGCGGCUAUGAGGACAAAUUCCAGCUGCUCUCUGCUCAACAACGCGUCAAGGAGCUCGAAAGCAAACUUGAGAGAGAGCGAGAGCGACACCACCACUCACCCGAACGUAACUAUGAAGAUAGAAUCCAGUUGACCAUGGCCCAGCAACGGGUCAAGGACCUUGAGAUGGAGCGUCUGGAGCGUCAACGUCAGCACUCACCAGAUCAUAGCUACGAGGACAAGGUGAAGCUAGCGGUUUCACAACAGCGGCUCCGAGAAGCCGAAGAGAAGCUGGAGAGGGAGCGUCAGGAGGAGGAGAGGGCAAUGCGUGAUGAGCUAAUGAGACGCCGACUAGAGCUUGAUUAUAUCAAGGACAUGAGGGAGCGUGAGCAUGAGGAAGAGAGCAUCAGGAGGCAAGAAGAGCAUUUGCAUCGUGAUUGGGAGUUGAAGCGGGAGAGGGAGGAGCGAGAUCGUGAACGACGAGAGCUUGAAGAAGAGAAGAAGCGCGCUGCUAUCAUCGCCGAAAACAGGGCAAAGAUGUCGAGAGAGCAGCGAGAGGCCGAGGAACAGCGCGAUAGGCUCUUGGAUAAGAUUGAGAGAGAGAAGCGACAACAAGAAGAGGAACGCAAACGAAUUCUCGCUGAAAGUAGGGCCAAGAUGUCUAGGGAACAAAGGGAGGCUGAGGAACAGCGUGACAAGAUCUUGGCGAAACUGGAGAAGGAGAAACGAGAACAGGAGGAAGAACGUAAGCACAUUCUGGCUGAAGCCCGCGCAAAGCAAACAAGGGAAGACCGCGAGGCAGCAGAGCAACGCGAGAAGGUUCUGGCGAAGCUGGAGAAGGAGAAACGCGAGCAGGAAGAGGAGCGCAAGCACAUUCUCGCAGAAGCCCGCGCAAAGCAAGCGAGGGAAGACCGCGAUGCAGCAGAGCAACGCGAGAAGGUUCUGGUGAAGCUGGAGAAGGAGAAACGUGAGCACGAAGAGGAGCGCAAGCACAUCCUCGCAGAAGCCCGCGCAAAGCAAGCAAGGGAAGAACGUGAAGCUGAGGAGCAGCGCGAAAAGAUUUUGACUGCCAUGGAAAAGAAGAAGAAACGCGAGGAAGAAGAGCGCCAACGCAUCAUUGCGGAGAACACGGCCAAGAUGGAGAAGGAAGCGCGAGAGCGUGAGGCCCGGGAAAAGGCCAUGGAAAUAGAGCGCAAGCGCAUCAUCGCCGAGAAUGAAGCAAAGAUGGCCAAACAAGCCAAGGAGGCGCAAGAGGCACAGCUGCGUGCAGUCGAAGAUUACCAGAGGAAGAAGGCCAAAGAAGAGGCCGAAGCUAAAGCAGAGCAAGAACGCAUCAUUUUCGAGUACGAACGCAGAAAGAUUCUGACCGAAGAGAAGGAGAAAAAGGCACGUGAGGAGUUUCUCCUGAAGCUCAAACUCGAGGAAGAGGAGAAGAAGCGCAAGGAAAAGGAAGAAUAUGACAACUUUCUGCGUAAGCAGAGGGAGAGAGAAGAGGAAGAGAAGAGGAAGAAAGAGGAGCAGGAAAAGGAGCUCGAGGAGGCUAUGCGCAAGAGACUUUCUCAGUUUGGAUUCCAAGAAAACCAGAUACAAGUUCUGGUCAACCCUGAGAAGCAGAAGGAACAACUGCAGCAGGGCAUGCUGCCGAACUAUCCACUCCAGCAAGCUGCACCCUCUCCUCCUCCUGCUCAUCAUCACCAUCACCACCAGCAUCAGGCGAUUGCUAUUGCGCCUGCACCUACGUAUGCCAAAGUUCACACGAGCCAUCUUGACGUCGAGACACUGCACUAUUAUAACAUUCCGUACGAGUACGACAUGGACCCAAAUUACAUCAUCAUCCUCCGGGAAAUGUCGCAACGCGAUACGGAUAUUCUGUUCGAACACACUCGUCGUCUACGCUCACAUCAUGGCAGCACACUCUUCAUCGAGGCAGAGGGACACGACAGGAAGGGCAGGAAAGAGUACGCGUUCCAGAGUGACGAUAGCUGA